UAUUGCCAACUGGCAAAUAUAUAAACCAGUACCCUUCUCUCACCCUAUAAAGACCAGCCAUUGCCACACUCCUUUCCUCUCUACAUCAUCACCACCACACAAGCCAUAGUCUUCUCCGCCGUUGACUCCAUCACCGGAAAACUAAAGCUAGCUAGUAACUAUAUAUAUACCGGCGGUCCACAGUAGUAAUGUCGUCGGGCAGAGGUUCGUCGGGCGUUUGGACGGCGAAGCAGAACAAGGCGUUCGAGAGGGCGCUGGCGGUGUACGACAAGGACACCCCCGACCGGUGGUCCAACGUGGCCAAGGCCGUCGGCGGGAACAAGACCGCCGACGACGUGAAGCGGCACUACGACCUCCUCGUCGACGACGUCAACUUCAUCGAGUCGCCUCACUUCCCUUUCCCCUCAAAUCUCUACACCAACUCCAACUACAACGGCAAUAAUAUUGCUUCCUCCGGCGGCCAGCUCAACCUCAACCUCCUGAUCUCCGACGAAGAGAUAAAGAGGAUGAGGAACAUGAAGCUCCAAUGAUGAGGUAGCUUUUGGGAUGAAGCAUGAAUGAAGUAUUAAUGGUGAUGUGGAUCAUCAUCAUCAUCACCACCACAAGAGCAAUAUAAUAAGUGCAAUCCAUUAUACAUAUUAUUGCAUGCACCUUCUUCUUCUUCUUCUUCAUUAUCUCCUCCCAUCUAUCUACAUGUAGCUAUUAGUGUCUUAGUAACCAAGAAGCCAUCUAGUUUUAUGAAUCUCUUUUGGUUCCUUUUGUGGUUCAUUUU